AUGGAGCUUUUAAUUCCAUUAAGUUUAUUGGGAUUAUAUUUAUUUUCAGGGACAAGAGAUUCAGUUCAUAAGGGAGAAGUUAAAGAUGACUUGAAAGAGAAACCUAUAAAAGUUAAUUUUAAUUUAACUGACUCUACAAAAGUUGACCAUAAAACUCAUCUCAAACAGUACAGUUCAUUAAAACCAGGUGACACAUUGGAAAUAUUAUAA